AUGCUUAACGUGUUCUCGAAAAUAAAUUCUUAUUUUAAAAAGCAUAAGACUUCAACGAUGUCGGAAAAAACAUCAAUACCGAAUUCAAAUCAGCCGCCGCCACAUCAUACACCUGCGACGACUGCUACAGGAGCGCAAUCACCAACGCUGGUAGCUCUAGCAGCAACCCAAUUACUAUCUCCGUCAACGUCAGCAGCAACAGAACCAGUAACACCACCAGCGAAUUCAAUAAUAAUUCCAAUAACUACAGCGACUAUCCCUUCGCCACUUCCAGCAGCUUCAACAAAUACAUCAACUGCACCCUUACCAUUCCUGUCAACUCCAACAACUGCAUCGACAAAUUCUUUAGUAUCUCCAACAGCUCCAGCAACUUCAAUAACAUCCGAUGAUAGCAAUUUAUUCUCACAUACGUAUGAGUGCGCAAAAAACAACUACAGUUGGCAUAAAGUAACAGCAGCUCUAGAAGUUCAUCCAGAAUGGCUAACAAAAAUACCACAAGGUCGACGUUGGACAAUUCUACAUCAAAUAGUUUAUUUUGGUAAUAUUGCGCACUUAAAUGAAGCUCUUGCGUAUCAAAUUUUGCAUGACGACUUUCGUCUUCUGUGUAAAACAUCGGACGAUAAAACCGUUCGAGAAGUUGCUACUGAACGUGCACAUGUAAAUCCACAAAUGUUGCGUCGUAUUGAACGGCUUGUUGCUAUUGACCAAUUACUAAAUAAUGCUCGAGAUGGUAAAUGGGGAUUGGUUAAACAAUUUCUUCGUCAACAACCGGAUAUUAUCAAUGAAAAACCGCCGUAUAGAAAAUUUUAUCUGGCCCAUUUUCUUGCAUCAACGGGUCAACUUGAUAUAUUUAAAGAUUUAAUGACUAUAUCCCAUUUUAAACUUGAUUUAAUUGCGGAAGGUAAAACAAUAAAUCAAAUAGCACGUGAUAAUAAUCACAUUGAAUUUGCUGAAUUUAUUGAACACCUUCCUUCUCAAACUAGCGAUACAGAUGACGAGGAUAGUCCUGGCGGAGCAACAGGAUACGAUUCCGAUUCACCAAAUUCAACGCCUGUAGCAACUUUUAGUCAAGGAUUUUAUGAUGAACCGGGCAUUACGAUAUUUUCAGUACCUUCAAAUUCAUUAGCAAAUAUGCUGCCAACGCAAAAUGGAUCAUUACCAUAUCCUAGUCAUUAUCCUCAUUUUCCUCAUUCGCCAAGUGAUUUCGGGCAUUCAGGACAUAGUUUAUUUUCGACUCAAAUGCCAACCACUGUGACAGUGAUGUCAAUUGACGGUCAUCAAAAUCUGGCAUACGAAGAACAUUCACAUGAAAAUCAUGAAAAAUCAGAAUCAUCCACAGCAUCAACAAUGAGCGAAGCAGAACAACAAGAUUACGAAAAAACAGUUAUGGAAAAUAUUAAAAAAUUUUCCUCGCAAAAUUUACUUAGUGCUGUCACAUGUUGUAUUACCAAAUGUAUUCUCAAAGAUCCAGUUUUGGCGGCUGAUGGAUUCACCUAUGAACGUGAAGCGAUUGCUAAUUGGUUUAAAACUUCUAAUCGUAGUCCGAUGACGAAUCAGGAACUUGAAAAUAAAGAAUUAAAAACAAAUCACGCUAUCAAAUCAAUUUUACAAACGCUCUGUGAUGUAAAAAAGGAAGAGAAAAAUGUUUAA